GUAGGCGGAGGCCAUCAUCUUCAAAGGAGCCGUCUCCCAAUCAAGCCGUCGAUUCUCUCCCUAGCAGCCCAGGGACCUCGGUGCCGGACUCCCCUCGCCUGCCUCCUCGCCACAGGGGGUCGGGCAUGAAGCAAGGGGAGGUGACUCGCGACCUCGGCUCCCGAGGCAGGAGCCCUCCCCCGUUAUUCUAGAAGAGCCUCUGGCAAUUAACGUAGCGCCAGAACUGCAGCAACCACAUCCAGAUGAAGAUAAGGCAUGUGCGAUGUCACCAAGGUCGAUCUUGGAUUUGCUCUCUGCUCCAGUGCCCUCCAGGGCACCCACACCCUACCCGAUGAUUUGGCAGGUACGAACGCGGUUGACUUGUCUGGUCUCAUACCGAUGGAGAAUGAUGAUGAUGAUGAUAAUGAGGAGGGGGCUGAAAACAAUGUGGGGGACACUGAGGGAGGAGACUCCACUUCGGCACGGGUAGUCGAGUUGCGCGGUGGUCCGUUGACUCCCAGUCAACGUGAAAUUAUACAUGAUCUGAUGGAGCGGCAUGUCGAAACUCUGACAAGAUAUGCGUGCGAGGGGAUCAAGUCCCCGGAGACUUUGCUGAAGGCGGCCCACUGCAUGGUCACUACGAAAAGUCGUCGACAGAAUGGGGACAGUUGGAAUGCCUUCGAGUGUCUUCACAAACGAGGCGACAUUUGCCUCAGGCGCCAGCAACCCGAUUCAUCUCUCCCUCGUACACCAGAGGGCACUGAAGCGGAGGUCCUUGCUCAUGCACCGGAGUGCACUGAAGCGGAGAUCCGCAAUGAAUAUGAGAGCCAGAUCAGGAGUCUUGGUGGCAAGACAUCACCCGAAUGGAAAGAGCGGGCAGCGAAAAUAACGGAGCAACACAGUGAAGUCACCAAAAGCGUCGUUAGCCAGCUUGCCUCCGACCCUCACAUUCAGGCUCGGAAUAUGGCCUUCUAUCGUGACCGCAUCAAGAAGGAUAUGACCUGGGCUGCGUUAUGUGGGAUCCACAUGGCAAUUGUUAUGGUCUCAGCCACGGACCAUCCUGCCACACAGAAGCACAAUGGUGUGUCGACGAACACGGCAGCAAUGGAGGCUUGGUUCCAAUCCAUCUGUAAAUCCAACACCAUUCUUUUUGACAACAUUCGGACGUUCGUCACACAACGUGAUGGGAAAAAUGCCGAUGGGGAGUUUGUUCCACCCCCAACGCCCCGUUCUCGUGACGACUGCCGGACUGCCUCACGCGCCCAUCUUGCCAACCAACUGCUUGCCUUUUUUGUGGGCAAUAAUCCCUUGAACGGGCAGUUUCCUUGGGGCAUGCUUCCGAAAAAGCUUCUCGAUGCCGGCCGCUGCCUCACCCAGUGGCCGGAUGAUGCGGAAUUCGACUAAAUGGUGUCCCAGCAGACUCCAGUCCCCUUUGGAUGCGGGACCUUUGCUUUCCCUGGGGUUUUGAUGGAGCCUCGGCACUCUGCA